AUGGUGUUCAUCAAAGUUCAUCAACUUGCUUUUCUCUUUGGUCUUUUGGGCAACAUUGUGUCUUUUGGGGUUUUCUUGUCUCCAGUGCCAACGUUCUAUGGGAUAUACAAGAAGAAAUCAUCAAAAGGGUUUCAGUCGAUACCAUACAUAUGUGCACUUGCAAGUGCAACUCUUCUUCUCUUCUACGGAAUAAUGAAGACACAUGCCUAUCUCAUCAUUAGCAUCAACACCUUUGGAUGUUUCAUUGAAAUCUCCUACUUGUUUCUCUAUAUCAUUUACGCACCACGAGAGGCCAGGAUAUUCACGUUGAAGUUGAUAUUGAUAUGCAACAUAGGUGGACUUGGUCUCUUGAUUCUUCUCGUUGAUCUUUUGAUUCCAAAACAACACCGAGUCUCAACCGUUGGAUGGGUUUGUGCUGCUUACAGUCUCGCCGUCUUUGCUUCUCCCUUAAGCGUUAUGAGGAAGGUGAUAAGGACAAAGAGUGUGGAAUACAUGCCGCUUCUUCUCUCCUUGUCUCUCACUCUUAACGCCGUCAUGUGGUUCUUCUAUGGCCUUCUUAUCGAGGACAAGUUCAUUGCUAUGCCAAACAUUCUUGGAUUUUUGUUCGGUAUAGCUCAGAUGAUACUAUACAUGAUGUAUCACGAUUCGAAGAAAACGGAUUUGCCAAAACUCACAUCUACAGAGAAUCAACCAACAAAUAUAACCAAUCUGAACGAAGUUGCGAUCGUGGCCGUUGAAUUGUCUGAUGCUAGGGCAGAAAACGUUGAAGGAUCGGUGAGGCCUAUGACUCCAAACUCAAGCACCACGGCUUAA